AUGUAUAUUACAUUAUUCUGUAUACUCAAUUCAAAAUGGAAAAAGAUUGCACCUGUUGAAGGACCUGUUACUGUCAAUCAACAAGUGCCAGAAUCAUCAACAGGUAAGCGCAAUGGAUCGAUUUUGAAUAGCAAGACGCACAAGUGUGCCAAUCCCACUGAACAGACAUCCAAUUCUAGGACAUUGCCAAUAGCAAAUAUACGUAACACCGUGUCCAACAUAGGAAUAGAGAUAACAAAAAUCCAAAAUUAUACAAAUAAUCUGUCUGCAGAAUCAACGUCACAUAAAGCACAGUGUACGGAAAUAAACUUACAAGCUCGCCAGUCUGCUCCGCGUGAUGCACUACAAAGAUCUAAACAGCGAGUGAUAGCAAUGAGGGCUCAACGUCAAAUUCGUGUCUUUAGACUUGUCGGGAUAAUUUUAUUGUUUCUGAAUAUAUGUUCAUGGCCCAGUAUAAUAGUAUUUUUAUUGAGAAGUCAUAACCAGAUAACUGCUAAAAGGAACAGUCUCAUGAUGGUCUUUACAACAAUGUGUUUCAAUUCUGCACUCAAUCCUGUUUUAUACGCUGCAACUCUUACUGAGUUCCGCAAAUACAUUUAUGAUGGAUUUAUCAAAAUUAAAAACUAUUUCAAAUGUUAG